AUGCCUCCUCCAACAUUUUUAAGGCCCGAGGUGCCGGCUGGGCCGCAGCAGCGCAUGCAGCAGCAGGAGCCACGGGAAGGAAAUCCUUCUGAGACGAGCCCCGCCGGCCUCAUGGCAGCUGCAGCAGCAGCGGCUUCUGCAGCUGCGGCCACGGCCAGUGCUGCUGCAGCAGCAGCAGCAGCAGCGGCACAACGCGUUGACUCGGACGCCGUGCAGCUCUAUACAGCUCAGCUGCUGGGGGUACACAAGACAGGCGUGGACUCUCUGCUUUAUUUAGGCGCUUGUUUCCUUUGCGGGGCGCAGGGGGUGUGGAUCAUCUUUGGGGCCUUCGGCUUGGCGUGUCUCCCUUUGGCCUGGCUGCAACGUCGAGCAGCAGCAGCAGCAGCAGCGGCACAACGCGUUGACUCGGACGCGGUGCAGCUCUAUACAGCUCAGCUGCUGGGGGUACACAAGACAGGCGUGGACUCUCUACUGUAUUUAGGCGCUUGUUUCCUUUGCGGGGGGGCAAAAGCACUUGUAGGCACAGCAACGAAGAUAUGCGAAACUAAAUUUGGAUGCAUUCCUCUGUUGGCAGUGCAGCUUGAGGCACUUGUUUCUGCAUUGCAUUUGCUCUCGCUGCACUUCGGCUCUGUUGGUGCUGCAGCACAGGGGGUGUGGAUCAUCUUUGGGGCCUUCGGCUUGGCGUGUCUCCCUUUGGCCUGGCUGCAACGUCGGCCUUCCACUGAGCAGCUGCAGCAGCAGUUGCAGCAUGCAAUAUCAGCAAUACGAGAACAGCAACGCUUGCUCCAGAACAAAUAUGCAGGAGGCCGCCAAAUGAGCCCUUCAGACGCCGAGACUUUCCAGCAGCUGCGUGCGCAGCAGCGCAUGUGCAGCGAGAAGAAGUACAAGUUGCAGGUGUUGCUGCUCAUGUCUUCUCUACUAGCACACCUCGUCCUGGCUGCAGGUCUUUGCCUUUUCACGGCAGCCCCCCAGUAUGCAUCCUUCGGCAACCAGACGUUUGUCCCGCAAAACGGGUCAGAUGCCAUAACAUGUUCGCUGCAUGCAGCAGCAGCGGGCACCUCGUGUCGCCUGACUGUGUUUGCUGCUGCUCUUUCCCGAGUGGCCUUCGUCGGGGUCCUGCUAUGCUUGAUAUAUGUAGCUGCUUGCCGGCGAGCGGUGCCCUCCCACUCGGGCGCGUGGGACUCUCAGCAGCAGCGAACGACAGCAGGAGCAGCAGCAAGAGCAGCAGCAGGUGACCUAGACGACUUGGCGGUGGUAGAUGAAUCCGCUCGGCUGAUAGGUGUAUUCACUUGGCACGAGCACCUUAGCUUCCCCAUGCAACUCCAGUUCUAG